AUGGCGCAGCGCUCGGACGAUAAGGAGAAUGAGGCGCCCGACGUCGCGCGGGCGACGCGGCUCGACGCGCUCGUGGCGCAGUUGCCGGUACCCACAAUGCGGUACACGGACCGCUUGGGACCCGCAACGCAGCUGUUGCACAUGGGCGAGUCGGCGCAGUCGCUGUUUAUGCUGGAGAAGGCCACCGAGCGGCGGCUGCGGCUCGUGCUCGCGCUCAAAGACGCGCCGCGCUCGGCGGUGACGUGGCUCGAGCUCCUGCGCUGCCCCGUGGGCGGCCGUCCCGGAAAGUACAACCAGAUCCGACUGCUGCGACGCGCGCUGACGUGCACCGACUCGACGGCCGCGCGCGCGAGUGCCGCGUACACGGAGAUGUGCAUUAUGUUGGCCAAACUGAGCGAUAGUGACGCGGGCGUUCGGCAGAACUUUCACGAGAUGAGAAAGCGGCGGGUGGGCGAGUUGCAGCCGCUUCGGUACGAGGAAGAGGCGGCGUUCGAGUACAGAGUCGGGAACGCAGAGACAGCAGAUGAGGUGCUGGAGCUGGGCGUGCAGAAUGGAGCGUUGACAGUGGCGCAGAAGGAGGAACUGUGGCAGCGGGUUGUUGCGGGUCGGGCAGGGUGGGUCGCAGCGUUCUCAGGCUCGCCGCAAGAGCAGCGAGUGCUGGCGUUACGCACCAAGAUGCGGGCACUUCGGAGGACUCAGGAGCGCUGUGUGACGGACAAAGCGCCGAGUGAUGGGAAGGCAGUUGUGGUCACUCCGCGCGGUGGAAGCGCUACGACGGCACUCGAUCCGCUGAACUACUCGACACCUGUUGGGUGUAGCACAGGACGGGACGGUUCUGCUUUCACGCCUUUGUACACCGUGACGCAGGCGCAACAAGGGACGCCAGUGUCUCAAGGUCGGUACGGAGUGGGGUUUUCUACUGUGUCAAAGGCACCUCGGACUGGUAAUCUAUCACCGUUGCUUACGACGCCGUCGCUUCCGACGCGGUCGGGUCUCAAGUCACAGUCAACGUCGAGGAAGCCGACUGCGCGUUUUAUGCUAGGAGGACCGCCACUUCGUGUGAUUGCUUCUAAUCGUGACGAUGAAGAUGAUGAUGAUAAUGACGAAGGAGCCGCACUAGGAAACGAAGGAUCUGUGACUAAACCCAGCAAGCCGAUGGCUUCAAUAAAGGAAGCUAACGACAACCCAUCUGUACUAAAAUCAGACGCGAAUCCCAAACCUAGAAUUGAUGUGGGUGAUAUUUCGCAUAUCCUGAAAUGGAAUCCGGACAAAAACAUGGAUGCGAAAGGAACUUCUGUCACUAGCAAAGACGCGAGACUUCCGAUUUGCAAACCAGUCCAGCCAACGGUAGAUGCCGCACGAGCUAAAAGGACUGGAGGAGAAACAAAGCGAGAGAAAUCAUCAGAAGCGCAGCCUGUGCCACCAGUGGGAGUGCAGAGGCAUCUAGAAAAAGAGGGGGUAGCACAGGUGCAGACGAAGGCGACAGUAUCUUUCGGCAAAUCUUCUGGUCUUGACCAGCUUCGGUCCCCUAAGGUAAAAGAGUUGCCGGACGGUAGAGCAGACACAGCUAUGGGAUCCCAUGGGCCGCCAAGCAGCAGCAACACAACAGCAAACGAUCACUUCCGUUCCCCGAAGCGCCAGCAUCUUGACCCGAGUGUAGCUAUAGCGAAGAACUAUGCCGAUAUGGAUUCACCAGUUCGCGGCACUUUCUCUCCACAGCUUCGCUUAGGCUCACCGAGCUCCGUAUCGUCAUCGUCAUCCCCUCCUGUGGCGUCAAUGAGCAGUGCCUCGUCCCGGGACGCCUUGGAUUCGCUGACGAGCAAAGUCGUGGUGAACGGGUUGAGGUACAUAAAGCUGGAGCAGAUUGGAAGUGGGGGCAGCAGCAAAGUUUACAGGAUGCUUGGCCCCGAUCUGAAAAUAUACGCUCUGAAGAAGAUCAAGCUGAAAAAGCUCGAUGCGCAAAGUAUCGCCCAAUAUACGAAUGAGAUAAAUUUGCUGCAACGACUACAAGGAAAUCCGCACAUCAUUAAGCUCAUUGCUGCUGAGCAGGAUUUGCAGCAGCGACAGAUUAAUGUGAUAAUGGAACAUGGUGAGAUCGACUUGAGCGAACGACUCCGCAAUUUGAGAGGCGGCAUGGAUGAAAACCUAUUACGAGUGAUAUGGACUCAAAUGCUUCAAGCGGUGGAUGCCAUUCACAAGAUGCGGAUUAUUCACGGCGAUUUGAAACCGGCGAAUUUCUUGUUCGUAAACGGCGCACUGAAGCUAAUUGACUUUGGCAUCGCAAAGGCCAUUCCUUCCAAUGACACGACGAACAUCGAGCGCGACAGUCAGAUUGGCACCGUCAACUUUAUGUCUCCGGAGGCUAUUCAGGGGAAUACGAUGCCGAAUGGCGACCGUGAUCCGAAAGGAAAGAUGAAGGUUGGUCGUGCAAGUGACAUUUGGUCGCUAGGGUGCAUUCUCUACCAGAUUGUGUACUCGAAGCCUCCGUUUGCGGAUGUGCACAACAUCAUCGAGAAAUUCCGCUGUAUCAUUGAUCCGGCGAUACCGAUUCCAUUUCCGCCGCUGCGGAACAAAGACCUGGAAGACGUGAUUCGGUCCUGCUUGCAGCGGGAACAUCGCCUUCGACCUCCGAUCACUGGAGACGGCGGUUUGUUGAACCACUCAUUUCUGCAGACUGCAGGCUCGAGCGCAUCCGUGUCAUCAAGUGCCACAGUGACCAUAGCGAACGCUCCUCAAGUUCUCUCGCAACUCGGUGGUUUGUUGCGCGCUCAGGGAGUCCCCGCUGGUCGCGUUGACAUGUUCAUGUCCAUCGGACAAGAAGGCUUGCAGAACGCGAGCAGUGGUGUAUCUCGGAUACGUUGUCUUAACAACACGCAAGAGCGCCAGACAGAUAUUUAA